AUGGGUGCCCUCUUGUCCCUCCCCCUCAUGACCGUUUUCCUUCUCCCCGCCUUCACAUCCUAUACAACCACCCUCAAUGCCAUGUUCUUCUAUAUGACAUGGAUGACGCUGGUGCUCUCACACUCGGCACUCCGAGUCGAGAUGUUCGGCACAAUAGCAGUACGGCUGUUAUUCUACUGGGUGCCCUCAUUCCUCUUCUAUUUAUUCGACCUCCUCACACCAUCCGCAUCGAUAGUUAUCAAAGCGAGUGGCGAGAUUUCUCUACCAGCUUCCAAGCGAAAGGGAAAAACGGGAUGGAUGGAGUUUCUUGGAGAUUUCAAGAUUCCUGGAUGGGCAUUGUUGAAUCUAGGUAUAGGUAUUACUCUGCAGCUAUGCGUUGAGUGGUUCUUCGUCAGCGUUCUCGGCGUGCGCAGUGCGAUCAGGGUCUCUAUAAAGGUCCCUAUGCCUUGGGAUAUUCUCAAACAGAUGUUCUAUGGGCUAUGUUUACGAGAGUGUUUGACCUACUCCAUUCACCGCUUCAUCUUAUAUUCUCGCAAAAGAUAUCCCGUAGUCAUUAACCUCGCAAAAUGGCAUGACAAGUGGUAUCAUGAUAUUUCGAGUCCAUUUCCUCUGUCUGCUCACUACGACCACCCGGUCACCUAUUUAAUAGGCACAUUCAUUCCUACAUACUUUCCAGCCUUGUUCUUCCGCUUCCACAUGCUUACGUACCUGGUGUACAUGGCUAUCAUCUCCAUCGAAGAGACCUUCGCAUACUCCGGGUACAAGAUCAUGCCCACAGCCUUCUUCUUGGGCGGAAUUGCACGACGAAUCGAUUAUCAUUGCUUGAGUCGUGGCGAGGGCAACUUCGGACCCUGGGGUAUUCUAGAUUGGUUUUGUGGAACGAGUAUUGGAGAUAGCAUGGGGGAUAAUCUCAUUGCUGGGUUCCAGGAACGUAUGAUAGAUGAGAGCAUUCAGAACGCAUUCGAGGCAAAUAAGCGCAAAAUUAAGGCUGAUACACUGCGGCGGAACACAGCUAAGAAGAGAUGA